AUGAUGCCACGGCUGUUUCUGCUAGCAGGGCUCGUCUCUGCUCCUCCUCUGUCCCUAGAUCCAGAGCCCCCUUCCUCCAUCAAGAUGACGUACAGCGGAAUAGUGGAUGCAGGCUCUACAGGCACGAGGCUGAAUAUUUAUGGAUUCCUUGAUGGAGAAAUUAGGCAUCAGGGCCUGUUCACAAACACAUCAAGACUUGCAAGUAUAGAAGACGACGAGGAGAUCAAGACAUCGAUUAGGGAGCUGUUUGCACAUGCAGAGCCCUUCUACAGCAACAUUAAGAAGAUGCCCAUUGGGUUCUAUGGAACUGCCGGAUUCAGGACGUUGGACAAGUCCCGCUCCGACCAUGUUCUGGACCUUAUCAGAAGCGAACUGAAGGACUACAACCUCAAGGAAGCCGAGGUGAUCAAUGGAGUCGACGAGGGAAAGCUUGCUCUUAUGGCAUUGGUUCUCUCCAAUAGGGGAACUGAUGCUGGGCACAGAAGCUUGGGGAUCGUCGACAUGGGAGGGGGAAGCACCCAGAUCUCUUUGUUGGAAAGGGACGGAAAGGUGAUCUCCGAGUCGAUAGACCUUGGCAUUACUGUCCUUAGCCUGAGUGACCCGGACGAGUGCAAGAUCGAGGGAGACGCAGAGCAAGAGUCGUGUGCCAGCCACAUUGCGUCGAAGCUUGCAGGUGUGGCCAUACGACCCUUUCUGAAUAGCGUUGACGAUCUGUAUCUGCUCUCUUACUUCCAUGACGAGUUUGGAAAGGUCAUCAGAAGCGAGAAAACAAGCAUGAGAGAGGUCAAGGACGAGUUCUACAAAAGAUGCAACCUGCUUGAGUCCCAUGAGUGCCGCAGGCUAUUCUAUCUGAUCUCCUUUAUAAAGAGCCUUGGAAUAGAGGACACAAAGGCCAUCCACCAGAUAGACACAAACAACGGAAUCAACAUCACCUGGGCAUCUGGCAAGGGAUACGAACUGAACAAGAAGUACAAUUGA